CACAAAUAGCGCAGCGGCGGAGAUAUCUGAGUGCGGAAGGCCUUGGUUGCGCCUCUCUUUCAGCGGGACGUGCGCACUGACUUCACCGGGCUGAGCAGGCCGUGUCUCCGGUGAACUACCGCUGCAGACGGGGGAGAGUGUGUGCCACGUUCAUCUGCGCUGUCUCGACGCACAAAGAGGCUUUGGGAGCAGCCGCCAUGUCCACCCUUCUGCGCUGCAUCUCCUCUUCUGCUGGGUUUGUCCGGCGAGGGGCCCGGCUUAAACUCCCAACCAGGAGACAGUUCAGGACUUUUCCGGUUUUAUGGGACCAAAACGUCUCCAAAGGAGUCCCAUACAAGGACCUGGUGGUGGGCGUCCCAAAGGAGACUCUGCAGAAUGAGCGUCGCGUGGCCCUGUCUCCGGCUGGGGUCCAGGCUCUGGUCAAACAGGGGUUCCAGGUCCAAGUGGAGUCCGGGGCUGGGGAAGCCUCACAGUUCUCAGAUCAACAGUACAAAGACGCCGGAGCCACCAUCACCGACGUCACCGGGGCUCUGGGGUCUGACCUGGUCCUCAAGGUUCGCGCUCCCACUCUGACGGAGGUGGACCUGUUGAAGCCCAAGUCCACUCUGGUCAGUUUCAUUUACCCGGCCCAAAACCCGGAGCUCAUGUCCAAACUGUCGGAGCGUCAGAGCACGGUGUUAGCCAUGGACCAGGUCCCCCGCGUCACCAUCGCCCAGGGAUACGACGCCCUCAGCUCCAUGGCCAACAUCGCCGGGUACAAGGCUGUGGUGUUGGCCGCUAACCAUUUUGGAAGGUUCUUCACUGGACAGAUCACUGCAGCUGGAAAAGUCCCUCCAGCGAAAGUGUUGGUCAUUGGAGGAGGAGUCGCAGGUUUAGCAGCAGCAGGAGCAGCUAAAUCUAUGGGAGCCAUCGUCAGAGGAUUUGACACCAGACCUGCAGCCCUGGAGCAGUUUAAGUCGUUUGGGGCGGAGCCUUUGGAGGUGGACAUAAAGGAGUCGGGUGAUGGGGUCGGAGGUUACGCCAAAGAGAUGUCAAAGGAGUUCAUCGAUGCGGAGAUGGCGCUGUUCGCCAAACAGUGUAAAGAGGUCGACAUAGUCAUCAGCACCGCUCUGAUCCCAGGGAAACGAGCUCCAAUCCUGAUCAAAAAGGAGUUUGUGGAGUCGAUGAAGGACGGCUCAGUGGUGGUGGAUCUGGCAGCUGAAGCCGGAGGAAACAUCGAGACGACCAAACCAGGAGAGCUGCACGUUCAUAAGGGAGUGACCCACAUCGGCUACACGGACCUGCCCAGUCGAAUGGCGACUCAGGCCAGCACGCUGUACUCCAACAACGUCCUGAAGCUGCUCAAAGCCAUCAGCCCUGACAAAGAGGUGUUCCACUACGAGCCCAUGGAGGAGUUUGACUACGGCACCAUCGACCACGUCAUCAGGGGCACGAUCGUCAUGAAGGAGGGCCAGAACAUGUUCCCGUCUCCUCUGCCUAAGACGGCUCCUCCAGCUCCGGUCAAACAGAGGACUGUGGCUGAGCUCGAGGCUGAAAAAGCUGCAUCUGUUUCUCCCUUCAACAAAACUCUGACGUCUGCCAGCGUCUACACGGGAGGCCUGUCCACUUGUCUGGCUCUGGGUCUCGUCUCUCCUAACGCCGCCUUCACUCAGAUGGUGACCACGUUCGGUUUGGCCGGGAUCGUGGGGUAUCACACGGUCUGGGGCGUCACUCCAGCUCUGCACUCGCCCCUCAUGUCUGUGACCAACGCCAUCUCUGGUCUGACAGCUGUGGGGGGGCUGGUGCUGAUGGGAGGAGGUCUCACUCCCUCCUCAUUACCUGAGUGUCUGGCUUUGGGCGCGGCGUUCAUCUCCUCCAUUAACAUUGCAGGUGGUUUCCUGAUCACACAGAGGAUGUUGGACAUGUUCAAGCGUCCGACUGACCCUCCUGAGUAUAACUACCUGUACGCUCUCCCCGGGGCGGCGUUUGUGGGAGGAUACGGCGCCUCUGUGGCGGCUGGAUACAGCAUCGAGCAGAUGAUGUACCUGGGCUCGGGCCUGUGCUGUGUCGGGGCGUUGGCCGGCCUGUCCGCUCAGGGCACCAGUCGCCUUGGUAACGCCCUCGGGAUGAUGGGGGUCGCCGGGGGCAUCGCUGCGACGCUGGGGGCCCUCAAACCCUCCCCAGAGCUGCUGUCCCAGAUGUCUCUCGCCAUGGCAACCGGAGGAACUCUGGGUCUGACGAUUGCCAAGCGCAUUGAGAUCACAGACCUGCCUCAGCUGGUGGCGGCGUUCCACAGUCUGGUCGGUAUGGCUGCUGUACUCACCUGUAUCGCGGAGUACAUGAUCGAGUUUCCUCACCUGGAGACCCACCCGGCCGCCGGCGUGCUCAAGACCGUGGCCUACCUCGGCACCUACAUCGGAGGAGUCACCUUCAGCGGGUCCCUGGUCGCAUACGGCAAGCUCCAAGGCCUCCUGGACUCCGCCCCUCUGAUGUUGCCUGGGCGACACGCCAUGAACGCGGGUCUGAUGGCUGCGUCGAUGGGCGGCAUGAUCCCGUUCAUGCUCACGAACAGCUACGGCACCGGGAUGGGCUGUUUGGUCGGAGUGUCCGGCCUCUCCACCAUCAUGGGUGUGACUCUGACGAUGGCCAUAGGGGGCGCUGACAUGCCUGUGGUGAUCACGGUCCUGAACAGUUACUCCGGGUGGGCGCUGUGUGCUGAGGGCUUCCUCCUCGACAACAACCUCAUGACCAUCGUGGGCGCUCUCAUCGGGUCGUCAGGAGCCAUCCUGUCCUACAUCAUGUGUGUGGCCAUGAACCGCUCUCUUCCGAACGUGAUCCUCGGAGGCUACGGCACGACGUCCACAGCCGGAGGGAAGCCCAUGGAGAUCGUGGGAACGCACACAGAAGUGAACGUGGACCAGACCAUCGACAUCAUCAAAGAGGCCAACAACAUCAUCAUCACCCCAGGUUGGGGUCUGUGUGCAGCGAAGGCCCAGUAUCCCAUCGCCGACAUGGUGAAGAUGCUGAGGGAGCAGGGCAAGACUGUCAGGUUUGGUAUCCACCCCGUCGCAGGCCGUAUGCCCGGGCAGCUGAACGUGCUGCUGGCCGAGGCUGGAGUCCCGUACGACAUGGUGCUGGAGAUGGACGAGAUCAACGAGGAUUUCCCAGAGACGGACUUGACGCUGGUGAUUGGAGCGAAUGAUACUGUGAACUCAGCCGCUCAGGAAGAUCCCAACUCCAUCAUCGCCGGUAUGCCCGUCCUGGAGGUGUGGAAGUCCAAGCAGGUGAUCGUGAUGAAGCGCACUCUGGGUGUGGGUUACGCUGCUGUGGACAACCCCAUCUUCUACAAACCCAACACCUCCAUGCUUCUCGGAGACGCCAAGAAAACAUGCGACAACCUCCAAGCCAAGAUCAGAGAAGUGUACUACUAAAAACACGAAGAUCAGAGAAGUGUACUACUAAAAACACAAAGACGUCGACGAGCCCAUCUGUACUUGUGAUAAAUAUUAAAGGAAAUUUGAUUAGUGAAAGGAAGGACUUUGAGUUUGAUAUAAAUAUGAAGUACAUCUAGUGAGGUUAUUUUUAAAAUGGUUGCAUCAUGUGUAAGAAUUUGUAAAUAAAAUCUAUUUAAAUGUACAAUCCUUAAGAUUGUCCUUUCACAAA